AUGGGGAUGAAUCAAACAGUAGUCACCGGUUUUAUCCUAUUGGGGUUUACUAACCGCAAUGAUAUCCUGGUCAUCUUGUUUAUUGUAUUUCUCGUGAUCUAUGUCUUCACACUGUUGGGCAAUUUUUGCAUUAUAGCCGUUACAUUCUUUAACACCAUCCUACAUAAGCCGAUGUAUUUCUUUCUAGGAAACCUUGCAUUUUUAGACAUUAUCUAUUCUACAGUAAUUGCUCCCAAAAUGCUCUCUACCUUCCUAAUGAAAGACAAAUCCAUCACGUAUACGGGGUGCGUGGUUCAGAUGUUCCUCUUUGCAGUGCUGAUUACAACAGAGAGUGUCCUCCUUGCCAUCAUGGCUUAUGACCGAUACCUUGCCAUCUGCAAUCCUUUGAGGUAUCCAGCCAUCAUGACCACAAGGUUCUGUGCCUGGCUCAUCAGUGGGGCUUAUCUGAACGCUUCUCUACAUUCAUUAUUGCACACUUAUAUUCUUUCACAUUUAACAUACUGUGAAGACAGACUGAUCCCCCACUUCUUCUGUGAUGUGACACCCCUCAUCAAACUGUCCUGCUCCAGUACUGCACUAGCUGAGCUCCUAAUAUACACCGAAGGUUCUUUGGCUGCUAACAUUCCGUUCCUUUUCAUUCUCAUCUCCUAUGUGCUCAUUACGCGGGAUAUAGUGAAAAUGAAAAACAGCAGUAGCCGCAGCAAAGCCUUUUCCUCUCCUGUUCUUCUCAUCUCAUGGUCAUUUGCCUGUUUUAUGGUACCGACAUUUUCAUUUACUUCCGUCCUCCAUCAGACUACUCAUCUCAGUAUGAUCGCAUUGUUAGCAUGGCUUACACCAUCAUCACACCUAUGCUGA